AUGAAUCUAUUGGAUCCACGUCAAUUAAUGAUGAAUCCAUUUGCGUAUAGUGUAGUGGAUCCGGCAACGAUAGCAUUAUUAAAUACGACAUCCGGUACUCAAAGCAGUAAUGCUGGAAAAAUUGUCACCACAUCUAGCAAUUUACAUAGCAAUAAUAGUUCGGGUAAUAGUAGCUUCCGGAUUUCUGAUAUUCUUGAUUCAAAUGAAGAUAAAGCGAAUACAAGCGGUGAAAAUGAAUUAUCAUCACUGGGUGAGGAUGAACGAAGCGGGUCAACGGAAUCACAUCGUUCUGGUUGUAGUCCACAUUCUCAUUCCUCAAUUGGAUGCAGUAAAAAAGCCCGCAAAGCACGGACAAUCUUUACUGAUAAGCAGUUACAGGAAUUAGAAGCAACAUUUGAUAAGCAAAAAUAUCUAAGUGUGCAAGAUCGAAUGGAUUUAGCACAACGGAUGGGUCUUUCGGACACUCAAGUGAAGACGUGGUAUCAAAAUCGGCGGUAA